AUGGGCACUUUGCGGGAUUUACAGUACGCGCUGCAGGAGAAGAUCGAGGAGCUGCGGCAGCGGGAUGCGCUCAUCGACGAGCUGGAGCUGGAGUUGGACCAGAAGGACGAACUGAUCCAGAAGCUGCAGAACGAGCUGGACAAGUACCGCUCGGUGAUCCGGCCCGCCACGCAGCAGGCGCAGCAGCAGAGCGCCGGCACCUUGCAGGGCGAGCAGCGGACCAAGCGCCAGGCGAUCUCGGCCGAGCCCACCGCUUUCGAUAUCCAGGAUCUCAGCCACGUCACCCUCCCCUUCUACCCCAAGAGCCCGCAGUCCAAGGAGCUAAUAAAGGAAGCAAUCCUUGACAAUGACUUCAUGAAGAACCUGGAAUUGUCCCAGAUCCAGGAGAUUGUGGAUUGUAUGUACCCCGUGGAGUAUGGCAAGGACAGCUGCAUCAUCAAGGAGGGAGAUGUGGGUUCUCUGGUCUACGUCAUGGAAGAUGGGAAGGUUGAAGUAACAAAAGAGGGAGUGAAGCUCUGCACCAUGGGACCUGGUAAAGUUUUUGGGGAGUUAGCCAUCCUCUACAACUGCACCCGGACAGCUACUGUCAAAACUCUCGUAAAUGUGAAACUUUGGGCUAUUGAUCGGCAAUGUUUUCAAACAAUAAUGAUGAGGACUGGCCUCAUCAAGCAUACUGAGUAUAUGGAAUUUUUGAAAAGCGUUCCCACAUUCCAGAGCCUUCCAGAGGAGAUCCUCAGUAAGCUUGCAGAUGUCCUGGAAGAGACUCACUACGAGAGUGGAGAGUACAUCAUCCGCCAAGGGGCUCGAGGAGACACCUUCUUUAUAAUCAGCAAAGGAAAGGUGAACGUUACCCGGGAGGACUCUCCCAGUGAAGAUCCCGUCUUUCUCCGCACUCUGGGGAAGGGGGAUUGGUUUGGAGAAAAAGCCCUCCAAGGGGAAGAUGUCAGAACAGCCAAUGUCAUCGCAGCUGAAGCAGUCACUUGUCUGGUCAUAGACAGAGACUCCUUCAAGCACCUGAUUGGGGGCCUGGACGAUGUCUCCAACAAAGCCUAUGAGGAUGCAGAAGCAAAAGCAAAAUACGAAGCUGAAGCUGCCUUCUUUGCCAACCUGAAACUGUCGGAUUUCAACAUCAUCGACACCCUGGGAGUCGGAGGUUUCGGGAGAGUGGAGCUGGUGCAGCUGAAGAGCGAGGAGGCCAAGACGUUCGCCAUGAAGAUCCUGAAGAAGCGGCACAUCGUGGACACGCGGCAGCAGGAGCACAUCCGCUCCGAGAAGCAGAUCAUGCAGAGCGCCCACUCCGACUUCAUCGUCAGGCUCUACAGAACGUUCAAGGACAGCAAGUACCUGUACAUGCUGAUGGAGGCCUGCCUGGGGGGAGAGCUCUGGACAAUUCUCAGGGACAGGGGUUCAUUCGAGGAUUCCACGACCAGGUUUUACACGGCAUGCGUCGUGGAAGCCUUUGCCUACUUGCAUUCCAAAGGGAUCAUUUAUAGGGACCUCAAGCCAGAGAACCUCAUUCUGGAUCACCGAGGUUAUGCCAAGCUGGUCGAUUUUGGCUUUGCAAAGAAAAUAGGAUUUGGAAAGAAAACAUGGACUUUUUGUGGCACCCCAGAGUACGUAGCCCCCGAGAUCAUCCUGAACAAAGGUCACGACAUUUCGGCAGAUUACUGGUCCCUGGGAAUCCUGAUGUAUGAGCUCCUGACUGGCAGUCCCCCUUUCUCAGGCCCAGACCCCAUGAAGACCUAUAACAUCAUAUUAAGGGGCAUAGACAUGAUCGAAUUUCCAAAGAAGAUUGCCAAAAAUGCUGCUAAUUUAAUUAAAAAACUAUGCAGGGACAAUCCAUCAGAAAGGUUAGGGAAUUUGAAAAAUGGAGUGAAAGAUAUCCAAAAGCACAAAUGGUUUGAAGGCUUUAACUGGGAAGGGUUACGGAAAGGGACACUGACACCUCCCAUCAUCCCAAGUGUCGCAUCUCCCACGGACACAAGCAACUUCGACAGCUUCCCAGAGGACAGUGAUGAGCCACCCCCUGACGACAACUCAGGAUGGGACAUAGACUUUUAA